CCGCCGACGUGCUCGUCGCGUUCCGCCUCCUCCCCGAUGUGCAGACAGAAUAUGCAUUAGCGGCAGCCAAUGGUCUUCUCCUAGCAGUAGAAACUUCCCUGCCAAAGCAAAAGAAGUCACAAGCUGUUUCAGAGUUCAAGUGUUCUGUUGUUUUACAUAAAAGGCGGGCUAAAGUCCAACAAGAGCCUGACCCCCCAGACAUACCAAAUGAUGUGCUUGUUCAUAUCUUUAGUUUUCUGGACACGCGUUCGUUGGUGGCUGCUAGUCUUGUUUGCUGGUCUUGGAAUUCAUCUGCAAACGACAACAAGCUGUGGAGAAUGAACUACUCCCUUUUCUUUAGCACGUCCCAUUUGCGCUCCAAUAGCACGCUUGUCUCCAGUGGUGUACAGAAUAGUCAUGGUAUUCUUGCACAGAAUAAUGUGGAUCCAGUAUUUGAUGAUCCCAAUUUGAACUGGAAAGAGGUUUUCUACAAGAAGCAUGCAGAGCACAUAAGCUGGAGUGCCGCAUCAAAUAGAGCAAUAUGCCAGCAAUGCCGUUCAGUUCUCUGGCUGAGCAACUUGACGCGUGCUGCUCCUCACCAUUGUCCUAAGAAAGGAAAAGAUGAAAUAAAACUAAUGCCCCUGUUACCUUAUGCAGUUGCUUGUUACAUAUUAAAAGCUCAAGAUCAACCAUCUUCAUCGUCUGACAGUAACGAUUCAGAUAGUGAUUCUGAAAUCAAUGUGCUGAGGCGACUUUGGAAUUCUCGUGUUUGAGUAAAUUCGGUUGUAUAGCUGUGUAAGCUAGUUUUGUUGUGCCAUCCAAAAUUCGGACGAUUUUGGACACCAAGCAUUCACGCUGUUGUAAAUUCACCAUGAAAUGUUCAAUGAGAACUUGUAAAUUUAAAACGUUCUGCUCCUA